AAUAUAUAACGAAAAUUUUGUGCGAGUCAACUAGUGUUAUGGGAUGGAAAGUACUGAAAAACUUUAUUACUCCUAGCUCCAUUUUUAAAUUCAAAACAUGAGGUAGCGAUUGUAGAGUAAUAUUUCGGAUAGUUUAUGGAAUACGUAAAAGGCCGCGGAAUACGCGGGAGGAAAGUAUGCAAACCGGAAAUUUGGAAUCGUGUGACUGCGAAUAAGCAUAACGACAAUCGUAAGCCUGAGACGGCUCCCGUAAUAGUACAAUCACCAAUGGCGAUAUUGGCCAAACAGGACGAAAAUACGCAACCCUCAAGUGUUGAGAAUGUACCGAAAAGUGUAAAUAAUCCAAUAAAGCGCAAGAUACUGAUAAAGCCUAGAGAUAGUAAGUCAGACACGAUAGCAGUUGCUAAGCAAGUUAGUGCUCGGUUACCAGUCUAAUACUAUAAAAUGUAAGAACAUGUAUAUCGUUUGUCGUUACUUUAGAACAAUGCUGUCGACAAAAAGGCAGGUCAUCAAGGGGAUCAGGCGAGAAAAUUGGAAAUAUCAGCCAAUAUGAAAAUGCCCCGUAAUAUAAAAACCCCUUUUCAGAUUAUUGAUGAGGGUGGACAAUGGAUAGGUGACGUUUGUGCAGACUAUACUAUAGAUCAAAGUAACUAUUGUGUUGUUGGGGUUAUUGGUGGUCAAGGUGUCGGUAAGUCAACAAUAGCUUCUCUGUUAGCGUCUAAAGACAAUUCAGAAAUUUUAAAAGAUGGUCCAUUCGUAAUAAGUCCAAGGGAGAUUCGCGAAGCAGCCUUGUAUCAAACAGCUGGAAUUGAUUUAUUCAUUACCCCAGAAAGAAUGAUAAUUUUAGAUACUUAUCCGCUUCUCAGCAUUGCUCACUUCACCGAAAGCUCUCCAUUUAGAGAUUCGAAAUAUGAAAGAGGUUUAAUGGAAAAUCAAUCAGAACUACACGCAUUACAGCUCAUUCUGUUUUUGAUUAAUAUUUGUCAUUCGAUAAUAGUUGUAAGCGAUUGCGGCAUAGACUUAAAUUUAUGCCGGUUACUUCUAACGGCUGAAAUGCUGCGAUCAGAUUUAGCUGAAAAUGUAAAUCCAGAACUACCAUAUUUAGUUUUCUUGAACAAUCGAAUUUCAGUGCAAGAACUGAACAGGCACGUCUUUAGAAGUAAUGUGGAAUUGCUAAAUGAAAUGUUUUCCACCUCACAAUAUAAAAUUACAGGUGUUGAUGCACAUCGUGUAGAAUUGCCUCAUCUACGUGUAAAAAGACCAGCGAAUUUGUUUCUUUUACCAGAAAUUGAUGCAGAUAAACCUGCAGCUUUUUCCGCUGAUAGAGGUUUUGUUGACGGAAAGAUACCCCCUAUUAAAUGUUUCGUAAGAAGCUUGACUCGUCAAAUUUUGGGUUUACGUCGCUCUUAUCCACAGAAAAGUGGGCAAAGUGAGAAGGCGUGGUUGCAGUCUGCUUCCAGAGCCUGGAAUGCCUCUAAGAAGAGUAGUCUAUUAUCGGAAUUCACUCAAUUCGUACCUUGAUGGAUGUAUUCGAAAUCUCGUUGAUAAUUAGUAAAAGUGAAAUCGAUAACUUAAUUCAUGGAGUGGGUUAAACGAAGACGUUGUUUCGUUUCGUUGAAAUCGAAGUCAAAAGGCUCUCUUUUAAAUGUCAGCCACCCGGCUAAAACAUCAAAGCACCGCCAUGAACUUCUUGGCGGUUAUUAAAAACAGUAAUUAAAGCCAAAUAACUUUCUAAUACUGAAUGAUAAACGACCGCUGCUGUGUAAAAUUGGUGAAAAUCUGAAGGGCCCCACAUGCAUCUAAUCGAAAUCUUCGACAUAAAGGUGGUUAUUGGAAUUAAAAAAGGCAAGAAAUAUAAUAUCAGUAUCGCAUAAAUUUAAUAAUUCCACAAUAACCAAAUUGUUCCAUUUUCAAACAAAACCAAUUUGAGGACGGAGCAAUUAUAAACAUAUUAUAAAGCUAAGUAAUUAGACAUCAAAUUGUGAAAUAAUCUAUAUUGGAAUAUCCAGAUUUUUUUCAAUAGAAACUAGUAUUUGGAAGUGUUUUCUGUAUGUCGCCUUUUUAAAAAUGUAAAAAUUAUGGUAUUAUCCCACCCCAAUCUCUAUUUUCAAUUUUGCCUAUUUGUCAUAAUACUGUUAAUAGAGUUUAUGUUUUCGCCCUCGUUUUUAAUGAUUUCGAGGUAACUUUGGCGACAACUCGUUGUUCUGGGGAGCUAAUUGGUUGUUUACUUUUUUUUAUAGAGAACAAUAUUUUCACAAAAGUAAUGUCCAAGUAUAUCAAUUUACUCUUAAAAUCCAUAUUAAUUUCUCUGUGUUGUCUUAAUAGGUUGUGGAUGUGUCUUUGCUUAUAAUACACUUUAUUUUAUUAAUUGACCACUAUGAAAUUUUGAUAAACUAAUCAAUCACCGCGUCUUACGCGUACUUGGUGCAAUCGAUUCUAAAUGAAAAAAAUACACUAUCAACAUUAAAUAUACUAAUGAGUAACUUUAAUUCACUAUAUUCGAAAGUGCCAAGAGUUUCUUUAUCAACCCGCACUAGGUUUAUAUUUCCCUGUCAACGCAUGCGCGAA